CAUCCCCGAUCCCAACAGGACCCAAGAAACCGUUUCUCCUCUUUCCCAUAUCCUUCCCGUGCGUGGCUGUCCAAUCUCUCCGUCCUCAACUGCUCGCUCGCUCGCUCGCUGUGCGCCAUUCUCCAACGUCCCCUCUCCCCGCGGACCGUCUCUCUCCCCCUCCCGUCCAGUCCAGUCCGCAACUUCAAUCGCAGGAUGCCGAGCUUCGGUCGCCUCGGCAAGCACAGCAACCGGUCCUCGCAGGCGCUCGCCUCGUCAAAGACGCCAGCGACGACGACGACCCCGUCUGCGACGAGCGGCAGUGCUGCGACGGGCGCUCCAGCUGCGACGACCCAGGCGACAGGCCACCAGCGCCAGCCGAGCCACCAGCAGCAGCAACAGCAGCAGCAGCUCCUUGACGAGGCGGACUCAGCCGCCCACAGCGCCCACAGCGGUCACGGCUUCGGCCACUCGCACAACGCCAGCGCCAACGCCAGCAAUCCUGCCAACUCGAGCGCGACCCCCCAUUCAGCCUUGUCGUCGUCCCAUAACACCGCCUACAGCUCGAGCGAGUCUUUUGAUUCACGGCAGCCCUCCCACCUUUUGCAACAGCAGCACCAACAUCAAGGCCAGCAGCCGUUGCAUCUUCAACAUCCCCAGCAGCAGCAUCAGCCUCAGACACCGUUGCUGCCCUCCCCCUCCUCCGCCUCCGCUGGCGGCGCCCCUCCCCCGCCGCACCUCUAUAGCUCGCCCUCGGCCGCCAGCAGCACCACCGGCGCAAACAUCAACAACCCCCCUUCUCUGCAACAGCAGCAGAGCUCCAAUCUGUCGGGCUUUGACGGUCAUCAGUCUCACUCGGACUUUGUAGACCCUGGUUUGGGCCGAUCGCAGAGCAUCCGCUACAGCUCCGCCACACCAUACGACAUCUCAACCUCGUCGGUCGACGAUCUGAAUAGCCACGCCGCUGGGUACGGCCAGGCUCCUCCUCCUCCUGCUCAGCAACUGCAGCCGCCGCAGCAGCAACAGCAGCAACAACCUCAGGCUCCUCCUCAGAAGCUCUCGACCCGAAAGUUGAUUAAGGGCAUCUUUUCUGGGUCCAAUCGUGGGGCGUCUGACAACCAGCACCACCACGGCAUAAGCAUCGGCCACGGUCACCACCAUUCCUACGACAACACUGGUGGCCUUGCGCGCCGUCCCUCUAAGCGGCAGGUCCAGCAGGUCCCCGACAACCCACAGUCCCCUUAUCCACCGCAACUCUCGUCUCGCCAAGGCCUCGACGACAUCAAUGAGCAUUACUCUGCGCAUGACUCUAACUCGCAUUCACCCUCGCAGAACUCUCGCAUCUCCCUUCACAACACCAUCCGCCAAGUCUCUGGCGAGGUAGACCAGCAACAGCACUCGGCUAACUACGAGGACGUCGCCUAUCGCCAGAACCAAGCCCCGCCCCAGCAGCAGCAACAGCCGCCGCCGCAACCCCACGUUCAGGUACACCCCCAGGACCAACAACCGCAAACCAUCUACGAAACGAGCGUUUACGACCAGCAACCGUCUCCUCUUAACCCACCGCAGCACCCGUCGUCACAGCAGCCCUACCCUUACCCGAACUCUCAGCAGCCCGGUUAUCAUCAGGGUGGUAUCCAAGGUGGAGAUUUGAGAACAGUCCCAGCUCACCUUGGCACUGUUUCCCAGUUUCAGAAUCCCGAGACGGUUUCGCAAUUCUCGCAUGAAUCGCCCAUCACUGACUCGGACCAACGCUCGGCCAACCUGCAAUCAACGUCUACUUCACCUGCGGUGAAUCACUCCGUCUACAUUCAAAACCACGGCUCAACCACGAGCCUUCCCCCCGCACAGCAGAUCACCCCACAGCCGCAACAAUCGGGCAUGGCACCACCCGCUGGAGGACCUCCCCCGUCUCGCCGUCCCGAAGCCGACAAGCUGCGCGGCCAGGUCGACCCCCCCGCCGGCCCGCCCCCCACUUACCGCCACAGCACCUCAAUGAACAAUAUGAACCCCCUGCCCCCGGUGCCCCAGGGCGUCGGCCAGCCGCAAGCCUACCAAGGCAACCGCCCGCCGCAGUUCGAGGGAGACCAGGGCCGCGACAGUCCUCAGCCCGUCUCCGCUGUUCCUGCUGAGCCGGCCGGGGAUGACAAGUCAUUCAAGGACCUGCUUACUAAGUACAAGAACGUCAAGCGACUCUACUUCGAUGGAAAGGCGCAGAUCGACGCACUCACGGGGCAGAUUGUCCACCUUCAGAAUGCCGUAGCCAACCAACGUAUGUCGCAGUCGCGCACUGCGCUCGACGACAACGAAUACUCGACGCGAUGGAACCGGCUCAAUGGCGCUAUCAACAACCUCUCCUUCAACAUCCGAAAGGAUUGGCGAAGCGUGCCACAGUGGCUUGUUAGCUACGUCAGUGCAGAUGCACUCAAGACAGGCAAGGCCGAGAUGACGGCAGUCGGACGAGCCGUCAUUUCGCGCUGGUUGAUGGAGGAAGUGUUCAACAAGUGCUUUCACCCAGGAUUGGAUCCGCAGCUGAGCCAGUCACUCAAGGAGAUUGAGCUGAACAUCCGGCAUAACGCAUACACGAUGACCAGCCAGGAGGAAUUCGACGCUCUCACCAACAAGGUGGUGAACUGGCGAAUGACGACGCUGGAAGGUCUGCACCGUCAACUGAACUCGCCCUCGACUGCCGACAACCGUACUGCGUUCACGGCCAAGGCCACAUCCACUCUGACGGCCUGUCUGUACCAAUUCCUUAACAACCCACCCCCAGCGGGCGUGGAGGGCAGCACGUCGAUGAUUGUUGAGCUCGCCGUGGGUAUCGCAGCCAACCUACCACUGGAGAGCCGAGAUGUUGCUAUUACAUACCCGCUCCCCGGAGAAAUUGUUCAGCCACGCGUGAUGGAAGUUGAGAAGGCACCACUGCCGCCUCUGGAGGGUCAGAAGGAAGAUGGUGAGGAUGAUGACAAGAAGAAGGAGGAGGGUGAUGACAAGAGCGGCAAGGCCAAGACUGGUACGUUAAUCAAGGCAAAUCUGGGUGCGGUUGGGGAGGACAACGAUUCCUCGAAGAGUGUACGGACGGAUGCUGACAUGGAUAACUUUGCAGUGGCGGUGCCAAGUGAUGCAAACCGGGUGCGGUUUGCAGGAUUCAUGGCUUUGGAGGUGAGAGGCAGACAGGUUCUGUGGAAGGCACCGAUCUGGACUCUGUAG